GCAGAGGCAGAGCGCGCGGACAGCUUCGGAGAGGGUAGCUGGGCAUUUUGACGCACGCGGCAUGGAGUGACAUCGGGAGUAACACAGUUCUAACGGGAAGAAGCAGCGCGCGCACAGUGUACAACUCUAUCUGCUCGAGCCUCAUCCCUUCUCAGUUUUGUUUUUCUUUUCUUUUUGUUGGCCGCUGAUAAUUAAUGAUAAUUUAGGUCGAAUUGCAAGACAAAGGUGUAUCGAACAGUAACCUCGACGACAAAAAGAAGAGGUUCGGCAUCAUGAAACUACUCCUGCUGCCACUUUUAAUGGCCUUUCUCGCCGUCGCCCAAGUUUUUUGCGAGGAAAUUGGCCCCAAAGAAGAGCUUGACUAUUGGACGAGCAGUAGUCAAAUGCAGCAGGACGGAUGGCUUUCCUCCGACCCGUUCAGAGAAAUCCUCCUGAGGAUGACGAGGAAACCUCGGCCGCACCAGUUUAUCGGUCUGAUGGGGAAGCGCUCCAUGGCAAACGCACAGAUCACCCGCAAAAGGCAUAAAAUCAACUCCUUUGUUGGACUGAUGGGGAAAAGGAGCCAGGAGGAGCCAGAUUCCUAUGAGUGGAGCACAAUACAGACGUACGACAAGCGCCGUUAAACAGUCAUCUCCUCACCUGCCUGCUUCUCAUCUAGCUAGUCUUCAUACAGGGGAGGGGUACCUGAUGCUGUUUUUUUGUUCUCUCAAAACAAUGUAUAGCUGUUAGUCUAAUAAACAAUUCUGUUUCCACAUUGUAGUGAUGUAGCAGUGCUGUACCUGUACCAGUUUGAUUUGUCCCAGCAGACAGGGAAUACACAGAGAGGCGAAAAUGAUAUCAGCCUCUCACAGAAUCAUAUGUAAUUUCAUAUAUGUGACUUUCUUAGAGCCAUUUGCCAUGCCACAAAGAAACUCCCGUUGUUGUGGACCAUCAAAGCAAGGCCAUACCCCCUGGGUAUGCAGAAAAUUGCACUGCCAAUCCACUGUAUAGUGCCUCAUAACUGUUUAAUCGCAUCUGAUUGUUCUGAAAAUACAAACUCUGAGACAGGUAUACUGCUCUGACAGGACAUUUUGAUUCUCAAGUGGUUUUGGAAAUGCUGUCAUGUUGUCAAACUAGACAUUAUGAAACAAUGGUAUGAUAUGAGUCUGAGUGUGAACGUGGCUUGAAAUAUAUUAAAACUAUUUUCUUUAUUAGUUAAACUAAA